GCGCCUUUCACGCCCUUCACCCUCAAUUUCGCUGCUGGCGGCGCUUGCUCUUCAUUUCACUGUUGCUUCAUCACACUCCCGCUCCGCUCCGCCCUUCACGCUCGCUCGCCGACACCCCGACGCGCUCUACUGAUGGGGCAUGUUCAUGUCCAUGGAUGAGUAUGAACAACACCACUGAAUCGGCCACCCACUCGAUCACCAGCCAGCGAGUGACGCGCUCCGCGACAGCGAGGCUGCACGCCGACCUCGACAGCAUCGCCGCCGCCAACACCACUACCACCACCAAUCCCGACUCCAGUACUACCGCCAAUACUGCUAGUGCAUCUCACAGCGAUACCUCGUUAGCUGCUGCCAUCGCCCAGCAGUCACCUUCCGCGGCUGCUCUCGAUACGCCAUCGACUCGUGCCACACCUGCGCCUCGCAAGCGAAAGGCCCCCGCCGACUCAACACCACCGAUCGCUCGCGAGCAACGCAAGACUAAGCGUCCGCGCGGCAGCCAACACCCCGAUACCACUGAGCCACUCACUGAGCCUGAUACUGCACCAGCUGCAGCCGAGGCCGAGGCGGCACCAAAGCGAGGCAAGCGGGCGGUAGCCGCCGUUAUGUCCAGUACUGGGUCUGCUGCACCACCACGGGCCAGCCAUCGAGGCAGAGCUGACAUGGACAGACCGAACUCUGGUUCAUCCGCCGACACAUCGCCGCAGCAAGUUCCGCGGGACUCGUCCCGCCGCAAGUCGAGCCGCCGUAAGUCUAAAGAAGAAUCGACUCCGACAGGAUCCGCCGCUCCGAGCAGGAAGUCUAGAAAGGGUUCACGCAAAGAUCAAGAUGUGCUCAUGAAGGAUGUGGAUGACAAGGCUGCAGAGCCAUCACAGGGUCUAGAGCAAGAUGAGCAAUCACGGCUUGAUGCUGAUAUGGGAGCCGAUAGGGCUGAUCAUCAGUCUCAUCCAGAGCGGGCUUUCAGUGCUCAGGACGCUCAGGACCAGCUCGAUGCUCUGGAUCGCGGCGAAGAUCCUUUCGCCACCGGAUAUCUCUCACGCUUUGGUGGCCACUCCGGGUUGUCUAAUAGCUUGAGGGCACUGAGUGGCAUGGUCUCGAGCACCCACAAUCGCUUACGGAAUAUAUUGGAACAAUUGCGCACAAAGGAAGAUCCUUCGGUGCAGAUGAUAGCGUUGCAAGAGCUUUCGGAGCUUCUAUUGAUCUCCAAUGAGGACAAUCUCGCCGGACACUUUGCUCCAGACCAGUAUGUGAAGGAGCUUGUCACCCUGAUGCAACCAAACGACUUCACUGGCGAAGAGAAUCCAGAAAUCAUGUUACUCGCUUGCAGAUGCAUCGCCAACAUGAUGGAGGCGUUGCCAGCAUCCACAGCCAGCGUCGUCUAUGGAGGCGCAGUACCUGUCCUGUGCCAAAAGCUGCUCGAGAUCAACUUCAUUGAUCUUGCAGAGCAAGCUCUAAGUACGCUUGAGAAGAUCUCCGUGGAGUUUCCGUCGUCCAUCGUCCGCGAGGGUGGUUUGACUGCUUGUCUGACCUACCUCGAUUUUUUCCCAACAAGCACGCAGCGGACAGCUGUCGUCACUGCCGCCAACUGUUGUCGCAACAUUCCAGAAGAAUCAUUCCCAACUGUACGAGAUGUGAUGCCAAUUCUGCUCAACACCCUGACGAGCAAUGAUCAACGAGUCGUUGAACAGGCCUCUUUGUGUGUCUCACGUGUGGUGGACAGCUUCAAAUACCACGACAGCAAGCUUGAAGAGUUGGUCAGCGCCGACUUGCUGAAGGCUAUCCUACGUCUCUUGCUCCCGGGCUCGACCAAUAUGAUUGGACCGAGCAUUCACACUCAAUUCCUGCGCGUGUUGUCUACCACUGCACGUGUCAGCGCCAGACUCUCAGUAGAGCUACUGAAGAUGGAUGUGGUUGAUACCCUAUACCAGAUUCUUACCGGCGUGUCACCUCCAGUGGGCAUGGAAGGAGUUGCUACGAAGAUCGACAAGAACAUCAUUAUGCAAGCUAUUAUUCGCACCCCUCGCGAGCAGAUAUUCGAGACCCUGAACGUCAUAUGCGAGAUCUUACCAACCGUCUCGCAAGAGAGCCUGAUGUUCCUGGAUGAUUUACAAGACGCUGGCUAUACAGGCCCCGAGAAUGCCUCCAUGUCGACACGCUCGAAGACUGUGCCAAAUGACAAGCGUGUAGAGUUGCUCAAAGGAUGUCCCAACGAGGUGAAGCGAUUCGCUAUCAUCCUUUUCCCAACCUUAAUGCAUGCUUAUACGAGCACGGUAAACCUUGCAGUGCGACAGAAGGUCCUAACUGCCCAACUCAAGAUGCUCUCCAACCUGGAUACAGUGAUUUUGGAGGAAGCGCUUCGGGGUGUACCUUUCACCUCACAUCUUGCCUCUAUUUUCUCGCAACAGGAUAACGCCUCUCUGGUUACGUUCGCUCUACAGGCUGCUGAACUUCUCCUCAAGCGGCUAGAGUCCGUUUACCGACCGCAGUUCUACCGCGAGGGGGUCAUCGCAGAGAUCGCGAAACUGGCAGAGCGCUCGCUGAAGACGCCUAGCAACGCUGAUGUAACGUCGCACCCAACAGACGAAGUUCCAGCACCGGAGACUGAAGAGCCCGAGCAUAACGAGCCCAGUCACGAGUUUGGUGCUGAACCUGAACCCAUCGAAGGCGAAGUCGACGACGACGACGGCGAGGAUGAGGACCGUGGUCAACCACCAGAGCCGAACGACGAUGACGAUGACGAGGAUGAAGACGAAGAGGAGGAAGAGGCAGAGGAGACAGAGCGUCGCAUCGCACGCGAACUGUCUCUGGACUCAAUGCCGUCUCCUCGACCCCUGCAGCUUGUCGAUCUCCAGGACGUGAUUACGCUGCGAGCAAAACGCUUCAUCGCGGCUCAUGGUGAGGGAGGCAGUGAUGAAAUGCGUCUGAAAGCGACCCAAGUUCUUGAUGACAUCAAGCAACUAGCAGAGCAGUUGAAGUCUUGCUACACUACGCCAGUUAGAGGCAAUGGACCUUCACUGUUUAAGCGACUGGCAACGUACUUCGAUGGAGAUGCACUGGAAAGCAUCACAAGCUACGAGUUGAUGACUUCCGGAGUCGUGGCGGUGCUGUUGAGCAUGUUUAACAACCAAGACGAACAAGCCGCAGCUAAUGCACGUGCCGACUUCCUCGAAGUCUUCAUGGCAGAGAAGAACGGACGAGCUCUGCACGCAGAUGUGGAGGCUCCUUCCACGCCAUUCGGCGCCUUGGUUCACAAGUUACAAGAGCUACUGAGCCGGGCAGAGCAUUUCGAAGUCAUCACUGUCCACCACAACGCUUUCGAAAGCAACAAAGGCAGCGCAGCAUCUAUGCUGGCCAAACAACUUCGCUUGAAGUUGGUCGCCGACGAGGACUCUGGGAUUCCUCGAGCUUACCGAAACAUCAUGGUAUCCAUCCAUGCCAUAGCCACGUUCAAGGCGCUUGAUGAAUACUUGCAGCCUCGCAUCAGUAUGUCUGAACGUCCCCGUGGAGCUCGGCGAAGCGACAUGUCAAGUGCAAUGGCUGCCUACGCUGCAGCCAUGGCCAGUAGAGGGGAUCGAGGUCUGCAUCCUCUGCCAGCUCUUCCUGCUCUAGGCAGCUCGAGUUUACCUACUAGUAGUGCUGGCAAGAGAGCUACGAGAAAGGUCAAGACUGAGCCGGUUCCACUGUCGGAAUCCAGCAAGGUCGAGGAAAGCGCUUCGAAGCUGCGCAGGUCUUCCAGGAGACAAUCUGCACAGGCACCAUCGGCAUCUGCACCUGCCGCCGCAACUCCUGUUCCACCUCCAGAGCGACAUUCACAAGAAGGCCUCGAAUGUGCAGAUGAAGCUCACAUAUCUGACGACGACGAUGAUGACGAUGACGAGUUGGAAGCUGACUUGGACGCUCUUGUAGACGACCUUGAAGAAGGUGCACUCGAGCGCGACGAGCCAGACCCGUCUGCAGUCAGCCUCGAAGUGGCCAACUCUGGAAAGGUAACGGCUCGCACAGAGGAUGGUGCUAGAGUCUCUACGCCAUCCCAAGGUGCACCUACCCCAACUGGUUUUGAUCGCAUGUCCGCAGCUGCAAGACUGGCGGCAGCUCGCGAACUGCUGUCUGAUCCGUCAGGAUCCAUGCGCGCCGCUCUGAACUACCCAUCCGCCCCACAGACACCACGUCAGGACUGGCACAUUGUCUUUACUGUCAAUGGUCAGCCUAUUGCUAGCGACACUACCAUUUACAGAGCCUGCCACUUCAACCAAGUCCAAGGAGAAGAUGUGUCUAGCCGGAACAUUUGGUCCGCUAUGCAUACGAUAUCUUUCAAGAAGGUCCCAGGGCCAGCACCGAAGGAUCGCGAUGCAGAAACUCCUCCCUCUAUCUCCGACGAUAGAUCGUCGUCGAAUGAUCUGCCACCCUCUUUGAGUGAGCACCCCGUGACCGCGGAAAUCCUGCGCUUGAUGAGCAUACUUCAUGAACUCAACGCACACAUCGACGACGUGUUGCCCGAGAGCAAAGCAGCGUUCAAGGUCGCCGCUCAGCCCGUGUCUCUAUUCGUCAACGCAAAGCUGACCGCAAAGCUCAACCGUCAACUCGAAGAACCGCUGAUUGUGGCAAGCCAGUGUUUGCCCAGCUGGAGUGAAGACCUUGCGCGUCUGUAUCCAUUCUUGUUCCCGUUCGAGACCCGCCACCUAUUCGUGCAGUCGACAUCUUUCGGGUACUCUCGACUCAUGUCCCGCUGGCAGACUGGCCAGGAGAAUGAGUCCGCACGUCAUCGAGAUGAGCGUCCUUUCCUGGGCAGAAUACAGCGUCAGAAGGUGCGGAUCUCGCGUAGCCGCAUUCUCGAGUCCGCAAUCAAGGUAAUGGAGCUAUACGGUAGCUCCUCUAGCGUGUUAGAAGUUGAGUACUUUGAGGAGGUGGGCACUGGUCUUGGGCCUACUCUUGAGUUCUACUCUACAGUGUCCAAGGAGUUUUCCAAAAAGAAGACGAAGCUAUGGCGUGAGAACGAGUCGGCCGAUGGCGACGAGUUCGCUUUCGGCAAGCGUGGACUGUUCCCGGCACCGAUGAGCGAGGAGACCGCGCGCAACGAGAAUGGCCAGCGCGUGCUGCAUCUGUUCAAGAUGCUCGGCAAGUUUGUGGCGCGUUCCAUGCUGGACUCACGCAUCAUCGAUGUGUCCUUCAACCCGACCUUUUUCCGCAUUGGCGAUGCUUCGACUACUGUUACACCGUCACUUGGUGCUGUAGCAGCUGUUGACGCAGACCUUGCCAAAUCUCUCAAGAUGUUGCGCCAAUUUGUCACGGCGAAGCAACGCAUCGACGACAAUCCGAACCUCACGCCUGCGCAAAAGGCGCAGAAAGCCGAGCAAAUCCGCGUGAACGAUGCAAAGAUUGAUGACUUGGCGCUCGACUUCACGCUUCCCGGACAUGCGAGCAUCGAAUUGCUACCUAAUGGUGCCACUAUCAAUGUGACGAUUGAAAACAUUGCAGAAUACAUCAAGAAAGUCAUCGACUUCACCCUCGGGGCUGGUGUGCAGAGACAGGUCGAUGCUUUCCGAGCUGGCUUCUCUCAGGUAUUCCCAUACUCGGCAUUGAAGGCUUUCACGCCAGACGAGCUAGUAAUGCUGUUCGGUCGCGUCGAUGAGGAUUGGUCGUUGGAGACGUUGAUGGACUCUAUCAAGGCAGAUCACGGCUUCAACCUGGACAGCAAGAGCGUCCGCAACUUGCUGCAAGUAAUGUCCGAGUUUCCGCCGCAGUCGAAGCGUGACUUCUUGCAGUUCGUUACGGGCAGUCCGAAGCUGCCAAUUGGAGGCUUCAAAUCUCUCACGCCUAUGUUCACAGUCGUAUGCAAGCCCGCCGAGCCACCUCACGGUUCCGAUGACUUCUUACCCAGCGUCAUGACUUGCGUCAAUUACCUCAAGAUGCCAGACUACAGCACGCUCGAAGUGCUCCAGAAGAGACUCGGCACAGCAAUCCGAGAAGGACAAGGAGCCUUCCACCUUUCAUAGACAAAUCACAAGCUCUAUUAUUAUGGGGCCACACAGCUAGCAUGAAGCUAGACGAUCACUCGCUUUGAGCAUGGGUAUGAAGACGUAGAAGGGAACUGGGUCACGUGUAUGUAUGUAUGGAUAGCAUUAUCGGGACAGUUCCUGAAGCUCAUGACGAAUGAGGAAAAACGGACAUUGGUACAUUGAAAUUUGUUCUAAAUUUUUUGAAAUACUCGCAUGUCUUUUGUUCUCUAGUACUCCAUGGCGUCCUCGAACAGGCCACGCAGCUGUUCGCGUUCAGCCGAAUGGUCGGCCAUUUCCAAGUUGGGAGCCAGCAUCAAGACACGGGCCUGGGGGAUGGUGCCUUCGACGAGGGUGUCAAUGUGCUCCCGCUUGAAGCCCAUUUGUUUCAAACCCCGAGGUUGGUCACCCAAACCCACGAGGAAUUUGGCCAAGGCCUCGGACAGGACUUCGCCGGCACUCUCCUUCUUGACGUUGGAAAUGUCGACGCCAAAGCACUCGGCGGCGGCCAAAUGGCGUUCGGGAUUCGACGCUCCCGUGAACUUGAACACUGCCGGUGCACUCACGGCUACGGACACGCCGUGCGGAAUAAUGGGCGUUUGCACUUGAUAUCCCGCAUGCUGAUAGCCGGGAUUCUGGCUGGAAAUGGGAUACGACAUGCCGUGGCACAAGUGCACGCCUGCAUUGCCGAAACCGACUCCUGCGAGAGUCGCGGCGAGGAGCAUUUUGGAUUGUGCUUCAAAGUCAUCUGGGUCCUUGACGGCUCGAGGGAGGUACUUGACGGUGUCUCGGAGGGCUUGGAGGGAGAAGAUGUCGCUGAUGGGGUUGGCACCCUGGUAGGCAGGUCGGUUGAUGGGGUUGGUCGGUCGGGGGGUGCGUUCGUGAUAGGGGAUUGCGGUCCAGGAUUCGAGACUGUGGCAGAGCACAUCGAGACCAGAAGAGGCAUGCACGGCUGAUGGCAUGGUUCGGGUGUUGUAGGGGUCACAUAUUCCGAGGGAUGGCUUCAGGUUACGAUGUGCGAUACCCGUCUUGGACUUUUUGGCGACGAGGUCGAAAAUGGCGGUGCCGGUGGUCUCGGAGCCUGUUCCUGCGGUGGUGGGGACGGCGACGAGUGGCUUCAGCUUGGAGGUGAUGGGCAGUCCUUUGCCGAGCGGAGCGUUGACAAAGUCGAGAAAGUCGGCUUCUGGGAAGGUGGUGUACAGGUUCAUCAGCUUCGCUGUGUCCAUGACACUUCCACCGCCCACAGCGAGGAAAGCAUCAGGCUGGAUCGGCUUGCAGUAAUCAAUGGCUUCGCGUAUAGAGUAGUCCUUGGGCUCCACCUUGACCUUGUCAUAGAUUUCGUAUAAAACGCCUUCACGCUCCAGACCUUCAAUGACUUGCUUCAUGGCGUCCAGUUUCAGCACGGUAGCAUCCGUCACCACCAUGACCUUCUUGGCGUUCAUGUUCCUGAAGUCCAUGCCAACUUCUUUGGUGACUCCCGGGCCAAAACGAAUAUUGGAGGCAGCCAUUUCGAAUGCAUAUUCCUUCUGCCGCGAGAUAUCGACGGGCGUGGCGAGACUUCGCACGCGUCCCGCAUACGGAUUGUGGCCAUGAUGAUGGUGCGGAUGGCCCGGGUUCGAAUGGGCGGGACAAGUACAUGUGCCCGAGUUGACAGCUCGGAGCAGAUUGACGGCACGCUGUGCUCGCGUGGGAGCAACUCUGAGAAUAGCCAUGGCUGGAAUGGGGACAACACCGACUAGACAGUGUAGUCAGU